UGAAAAGGGGGAGGGCCCACGAUACAGUGUUUUUCUUUCUUUCUUUGUUCCAGAAAACAACAAUGGUGUAUAUUUGAAGAAAUGUCCAUAUCUGAUCGUUCGCGUGACAUUUUCGUAAUAAUUACCGGAUUUAUAUCAGAACCGAAUCCACAGGAGGGAGGAUGAAGCGGCGCAAUGCGGACUGCAGCAAGCUCCGACGGCCGUUAAAACGGAACCGAAUCACCGAGGGUAUAUAUAGCAGGUACGAACGAAGAAAGUGGCUUUAGCUAGGGACAUGAUCGUACAAUAAUGGCGUCUGAGACAUAUCAGACAAGACACUCAGCUGUCGUGUAGAGUGUCAAAUAAACCCCCGCUUUAGCGUUACUAUUCAUGUGUCGUUUUCGAAUGUCUAAUAGCCUGGUUCCGAAGGCCAAGCUAUGUAACGUUAGCUAAGUAGCAGCUGCUAGUUAGUUCGCUUGCUAUUCUGACAGUUUCAGGGAUUUGUUCCGAAACGUAAACAGCACUGACUGCAUUCACAUUGACGACAAUCAAAUGGCAUUGGGAAAACGUGCUAAAAUGCGUACACAGAUCAUUAUUUUAUUGCACGGUUGAUUGAUUACUGUCCGCUUACAGUUAGCUGGCCAUCCAACCCAAACAUGACAACAUGAUCUUGUAUUACUCACUCACUGUCUGGUAGUCCUGUAUUACAAGCUAGCUAGUUAUCCAAAGCUUGACGGUUAUUGUACGCUUGUGGCACUUCAGUCCAUUGUCAGCAGCAAACCUCCAUUCAUUACACAGCGUGGGAAAAGCAGCUGUUGAAAAGCCAACAUGCACACAGGUUUUAAUGUUCUCUUCAAUCUUCUCAUAGUCCUACGCCACUGUCUGGCACUGUGUUAGGCUAUGCAUUUCUGGCCUUGUACAGUAUGAACAAAGAGUAUAGCUCUGGACCUGAGCUAAGUAUGAAGGGACUGAAAGCAGUACAAUUGUACAACCAUGAAUCUGUAUAUCAACUAGUGGGGACUAAGUGAGGAUACAUUACAGGCCAAAUUUGAGUGAAUUUCUUCCAUUAUUCAGUGCAAAUACCUAUUUUGAAAACGUGUGAUUCUGUCGUUGCAGAUUACCUCUAAUCGUGACUGAACUCAGGAUAAAGAUGUUCCAUCUAUAAACACAGUGUUGUUUCUAUGAAUGACUGUGUUACUGAUCAUAUCACAGGGAGUUUUUGUCUAGCUCUGGUCCAGGGCGGUAGUGCGAUGGGUUCCCAUACUAGUUAGUAGAGGAGCACAAUAACACCUUGGACCAGAGCUAGUUUUCAUCCAGCCUCUUUGUUUUUACUGUUUGGCUCCCUCUCUCUCUCUCUCAGGUUGUGUCUAAAGAAAUCCCACAAUGUUUCUCUCUCUCCCGCUCUCUAUAUCUUUCUCUCCCUCUCUCUCUUUUUCUAUUUCUUUGUCUGUCGCUCUCUCUCUCUCUCUGUCGCUCUCUCUCUCUCUCAGUACGUUCCUGUAUCUGAAGUUUCUGGUGGUGUGGGUACUGGUGCUGCUGGCAGACUUUGUAUUGGAGUUCAGGUUUGAGUACCUGUGGCCCUUCUGGCUCUUCAUACGCAGUGUGUAUGACUCCUUCAGAUACCAGGGGCUGGUAAGUGUGUGUGUGUGUGUGUGUGUGUGUGUGUGUGUGUGUGUGUGUGUAAGUAAGAGUGAGUGUGUGUGUGUGUGUGUGAAAGACAGCGCUUACUCAUGAGAUUUUGACACGAAAGAUGGCUGCGCAAUUGUAUAUUAUUGCACACUGACUACAUUUCUCUCUCUCUCUCCAUCCCUCCCUCCCUCCCUCUCUUUCUCUCUCAGGCGUUCUCAGUGUUCUUUGUGUGUGUGGCGUUUACGUCUGACAUCAUCUGUCUCCUCUUUAUCCCUGUCCAAUGGCUGUUCUUUGCUGCCAGCACCUACGUCUGGGUCCAGUACGUCUGGCACACAGGUCAGUUAACAUCGGCUCUCCGUCCCAUAUUUAGAUAGAUUUCUCUUUCCUACGAUGCAUUGGCUUAAUCCUGGGUGGCAUGUGAUUCACAUGUGUAUGUAUACCCAGUUAUCAAAUGUGUAUGUACUGUACAUUUAUAUAUUCAGAUAUGCAUGUACAAAAUACAUUUGUAUUUCUUUGUCUGCUUUUACACAAGCAGCCCAAAUCUGAUAUUUUUUCCACUAAUUGGUCUUUUGACAAAUCAGAUCAGCUCCUGCCAAUAAUUGGGCAAAAUAUCAGAAUUGGUCUGCCUGUGUAAACACAGGCUUUAACUCUCACACCGUCUUCCAUCUGGGCCCUUCCCCCUUGCACAGAGAGAGGAGUGUGUCUACCCACCGUAUCGCUAUGGAUACUGUUUGUGUACAUGGAAGCUGCCAUCCGCUUCAAGGACCUGAAGAACUUCCACGUGGACCUGUGUAGGCCCUUCGCUGCUCACUGGUAACCUGUCACCUGUUUUUAUAACCUUACCUGGCCAAUGUUAUUGCAUUGUGUCAUUGGGCCUUUUAUUGCACACGAACAAGCACAUUGUAUUUGCUCAGGCAAUGUUCUUUAAAUAAUUAGUCAAACAGUCCCACUUGUUACCUGUAAGCUCUUCAACAAAAGUGAAACUGUUCUUCUUUUAAGCUGCACAUUAAGUAAGAAAGCUUUCGUUUUUUUCCCCCAUCAUUAUUUCACUAUGACUGGUAACCAUAACAACACUCUUGUCCCCCCCCCCCACUUCUCCCUCUGUCAGUAUUGGCUACCCCGUGGUGACUCUGGGCUUUGGCUUUAAGAGCUACGUCAGCUACAAGAUGAGACUGAGGAAACAGAAGGAGGUGCAGAAGGAGAAUGACUUUUACAUGCAGCUCCUGCAGCAGGCCCUGCCCCCAGAGCAACAGAUGCUACAGAGACAGGAGAGAGAGGCAGAGGAGGGUGAGUAGGGCCCUAAAACAUCAGUCCUAUGUUUUUGCCCGAUUCUGUAUUUUUUUUCCUUCUCCAGUUUUUGUUUUAGACAGUUUUUCCCCACACCGUUUUAAUAGAAAAAAAUUAAUAAACAAAUUGGAUGUUUUAAGUCCACAACAGUGUUUAAACCACAUCAGGAGACUACUUUUGAGGUCUGGGGAAAAAAUGUAAGACAUUUUGAAUUUUGGGUGUAGUUACCCUUUAAUGCAAGUGUGCACCAGCCAGAGACUGUUGUUUUGUUAGCUGUGUUUCUGUAGCGGUCAUGUGAUUGCAGAGUUUGCAAAACAAAUGGCCACUGGAUUGAUGCAAAUAAUCAUGAUGUCCAAUUCGGGGCGGCAGGUAGCUUAGUGGUUAAGAGCGUUGUGCCAGUAACCGAAAGGUCGCUGGUUCUAAUCCCCGAGCUGACUAGGUGAAAAAUCUGUCGAUGUGCCCUUGAGCAAGGCACUUAACCCUAAUUGCUCCUGUAAGUCGCUCUGGAUAAGAGUGUCUGCUAAAUGACUAAAAUGUAAAUGUAAUGUCAUUCUGCCAGGUAGACAUAGGCUACUUUGCGGUUAACAUUUCAUUGAGAAAGUUUUGGGGAAAGCCUUUCCAGCUCUACCAGAAGAAGGUUAUCAUUAGCAUAAUCGCUAACGGCUACACAAAGUGGACACACAGACAGUCAUUCCUGUGCCGUUUUCAGAAUGUUGCAGGAAAAUAUGAAUCACUGGUACAUUUUGUUAAUGUCUUAUGGUCCUCUGUAGCUCAAUUGGUAGAGCAUGGCGCUUGUAAUGCCAGGGUAGUGGGUUUGAUCCCCGGGACAACCCAUACGUAAAAAUGUAUGCACACAUGACUGUAAGUCGCUUUGGAUAAAAGCGUCUGCUAAAUGGCAUAUUAUUAUUAUGAUUAUCUUGGGCAAAUUAAUGCAUUUUCGAAUAAGUUCAAUACAUUUAGUCGAUUUCCUACUAAGUUCAAUACAUUUUUGAAUAUUGUUGAAUUCCAUUUUAAUGUCUGGACACACACACACACACACACGCACGAGUUUCUACAACAGGCUCUAUUUUCCCUCUCACACCCUUCCCCUAGCCUGGUUACCCUCUCACACCCUUCCCCUAGCCUGGUUACCCUCUCACACCCUUCCCCUAGCCUGGUUACCCUCUCACAUCCUUCCCCUAGCCUGGUUACCCUCUCACACCCUUCCCCUAGCCUGGUUACCCUCUCACACCCUUCCCCUAGCCUGGUUACCCUCUCACAUCCUUCCCCUAGCCUGGUUACCCUCUCACACCCUUCCCCUAGCCUGGUUACCCUCUCACAUCCUUCCCCUAGCCUGGUUACCCUCUCACACCCUUCCCCUAGCCUGGUUACCCUCUCACACCCUUCCCCUAGCCUGGUUACCCUCUCACACCCUUCCCCUAGCCUGGAGUAGCACAUGCUCCAACACCUUCCAUCAGUAGGAAAGUGAGAUACAAACACACUGCUGCUAUCUUCCUAACCUUGCUUCAUCUUUCUUCCUAGCUGCCAUGGCUAAAGGUGUAUCAUCAGAGGUGGACCUAGCCCCUCCGGUCUCCCAAAACGGGUCUACUCCCGGCAAGAAGACCUCCGUUAACGCUUCUGUCCCCUUACCGGAACUGGAGUACCGGGAAAAAGGGAGAGACGGGAACAGCAAGGAGCGGGAGGGCAAACAACAACAACAACACACCAUAGGAAUCAACAACAACAGUAUCCUCCACACACUGGACUCCACAUUACAGGAGACAGAGUAUAUGGAGAACAUGGGGGGGAAGAGACUGAACAACGACCUCGGAGGAGGAGAGGGCGCACACACAGGCAGCACACACACUCCCAAAGAGGAGAUGGGGGGAACGGGAGGAGGAGGAGGAGGAGGAGGAGGAGGAGGGAAGAACUACAAAAACACCAGCGGAGGCGGUGGGGUCACCAACUCCUCACCUCGGAAUCACAGCUCCACCAAUGGGAGCGUGCCGUCGGCUGGCUCGUCCAAUAAGAACGAGAAGAAGCAGAAGUCUGCGGGGAAGGGAGCAGCCAAUCAGAAGGAUCCCGUGGAGAACUGCAUUCCCAACAAUCAACUGGGCAAGCCAGACGCUCUCGUGCGGUAAGAAAAACACAAUCAUAGCCAACGUACGCACACACAUUCAUACAGACGGGCACAGAGACAUGUGCAGACCUACACGGGGAGAGAAGACAGGUUUCGCACCCCCCUUGGUGGCGUUUCAGGCCGCCUACAUGGCAGUGGUCGCGUGUGCCACGUCAACAACUGUGCCUGUCGAGCGUCAGAUCUCAUACGAUGUGUGUAGCUGUUAUGUUAAACACCUGUUCAUGUGUUUCUGAGUUCUGGCAGGAAACUGCAAUGUGGUGAAAAGCUGAAACAUCGAUCCUCUCUUCCCUUUCCCUCUCUAGGCUGGAGCAGGAAGUGAAGCGUCUGAAGGCAGACCUGCAGGCGAGCCGUCAGUUGGAGUCAGAGUUACGUUCUCACCUCUCCUCCCUGACCACUCAGGACAGGAGUCUGCGCUCAGAGCUGGGCCAGCUGCGACAAGACAACGAGAUGCUGCAGAACAAGUAAGAGAACACACACACACACACACACACACACACACACACACACACACACACACACACACACACACACACACACCACACACAGACUCACACACACACACACACACACACUCGAGGCCUGGGACAAAGCCAAGAUUCUCAAACUAUUAGCGCGUUGGGGGGAUCGGCCUGAGCAUAAUCACUAAUCUUGAUCACAUAACAAGUGUUUUUAUUUUGGAUGCAAGGUGAUCUGUAUAUCAGGAAUUCUGAUUCUGGAUUCUGUAUUCCCCUGGAACAUACAGAUUCAUUCUAACUUAGAAACUCAGGGAACAAACUUUUUGGCUGUGUGUGUGCAUCUCUAACUGUGUGUGUGUGUUUGUGUGUGAAGGCUCCACAGUGCUGUGCAGGCCAAGCAGAAGGACAAGCAGACCAUCUCCCAGCUAGAGAAGAGACUGAAGGCAGAGCAGGAGGCCCGGGCCCUGGCGGAGAAACAACUGGCCGACGAGAGGAAGAGGAAGAAGAUGGAGGAAGCCACCGCUGCCCGGGCUGUAGCACUAGCAGCAGUCUCCAGGUAUCCUGCUGUCUGUUUUGGAUUUCCCCUCUCCUUCUAUCCUCUGCUCUCUCCUUCUAUCCCCUCUCCCCUCUCCUUCUAUCCCCUCUCUCUCUAUCCCACCUCUCCCCCCUCUCCUUCUAUCAUCCCCCUCUCCCCCCUCCCUGCUAUCCCCCUCUCCCCCCUCUCACUCUAUCCCCCUCUCCCCCCUCUGCCGUUCUGAUCGCCCAUCUCGCUCCCCUCUAAUCCCCCUCCUGCUAUCCCGCUCUCCUUCUAUCCCCUCUCUCCGCUCCUCCAGCUCCCUUCUAAUCCCCUCUCCCGCCUAUCCUUCUAAUCCCCUCGCCCCCCUUCUACCCUCCCCCUCGCUCCUUCUAUCCCCUCUCCCCCCUCUCCUUCUAAUCCCCUCUCCCCCCCCUCUCCUCUAAUCCCCUCUCUCUUCUAUCCCCUCUCAUCCCCACCCCUCUCCCCCUCUCCUUCUAUCCCCUCUCUCCUUCUAUCCCCUCUCCCCCCUCUCCUCUAAUCCCUCUCCCGCCCCCUCCCCCUCCCUCUCUCUAUCCCCUCUCUCCUUCUACCUCCCCUCUCCCCCCUCUCCUUCUAUCCCCUCUCUCCUGCUAACCCCUCUCCCCCCUCUCCUCUAUCUAUCCCCCUCUCCUUCUAUCCCCUCUCCCCCCCCUCCUUCUAUCCCCUCUCCCCCCUCUCCUUCUAUCCCUCUCUCCUCUCAACCCCUCUCCCCCCCUCCUUCUAUCCCCUCUCCCCCCCCUCCCACCCUCCCUUCUAUCCCCUCUCUCCUUCUAUCCCCUCUCCUUCAUCCCCUCGUCGCUGCCCACCUCUCCUUCUAUCCCCUCUCCCCCCUCUCCUUCUAUCCCCUCUCCCCCCUCGUCCUUCUAUCCCCCUCCGCCCCCUCUUCCCCCCCCCCUCUCCCACCCCCCUCAUCCUACGCCCCUCUCCUCACCCUCCCACCCCCAUCCCCGCCCCCCAUCUCCUAUCCCUCUCCUCCUCUCCUAUCCCCUCUCCUCCUCUACCCUCUCUUCUUCUAUCCCCCCUUCUAUCUCCCUCCGCUCUCAUCCUUCUCUCCACUCUCUCCUUCUAUCCGCCUCUCCCCUCUCUCCUUCCCCCUCUGCUCCUUCUAUCUCCCCGCCCCUCUGCCUUCUCCCCUCUCUCAUAUCCCCCUCCCCCCCCUCCUUCUAUCCGCCUCUCCUCUGCGCCUUCUUCCUCGUCUUCUCCUUCCAUCUCCCUCUCCAUUCCUAUCCCCUUCCCUCCCUGUCUCCUUCCAUCCCUCUUGCCUCUUCCCUCUCGUCCUUCUAUCCCCGCCCCUCUCUCCUUCUACCCCCUCCCCGCCCCUCUCUCCUUCUAUCCCCUCUCUCCCCUCCUUCUGUCCCCUCUCUCCCCUCCUUCUAUCCCCUCUUCCCUCUCUCCUUUUAUCCCCUCUCCCCUCUCUCUUUCUAUCCCUUCCUCUCUCUCUGUUAUACAGAUAUAUUGAAUAGUGUUUCUUCCCCCUGUAACUCCUUUUGUCUCUGUCAGGGGUGAGUGUACUGACUCCCUGCGUGGUCGGAUCAGAGAGUUGGAGACGGAGUGUAAGAAACUCGGCAUCGACAUGAAACUCAAAGAAGAACACAUUAGAGAGCUGGAGGGGAAAUGCCAGGUGAGUUACAUUACUUUACAUACUUCCUUCAAUUUUAGAAAUGCAUCCUUUGUAUGAGCUCACUGUCUCAUAAAUGAUGUAUCAGGAGAACCUAAGCAGGGUGCCGCUGAUUCCUUACUGGGAACGUUGCUGAAACUAGACUGUGGCUGAAAACGUCUUCCUCUUAUUCCUUCUCUUCAUUUUCAUUUGAGUAAUUUCUGUUCCAGAGCGACUUACAGUAGUGAGUUCGUACAUUUUCUUAAUUUUUCAUACUGGACCCCCGUGGGAAUCGAACCCACAACCCUGUCGUUGCUAGCGCAAUGCUCUACCAACUGAGCCACACUGGACCCCUUAUGAGGAGUUAGCUUGUGUUUUCAAAUGCUCAUGAUGAGGUAUGGCUGUUUAAUUUCUAUUCUCUCUCUCUUUCUCGCUUUCUCUCUCCCCCCCUCCUCUCUCUCUCCUCUCUCUCCCCCCUCCUCUCUCUCUCCCCCCUCCUCUCUCUCUUCCUCUCUCUCUCCCCCCCUCCUCUCUCUCCCCCCUCUCUCUCUGCCCCCUCCUCCUCUCUCUCGCCCUCCCGCCCCCCUCUCUCUCCUCCCUCUCCCUCCCUCUCCCCCCUCCUCUCUCUCUCCCUUCCUCUCUCUCUCCUCUCUCUCUCUCUCCCCCUCUCUCUCAGCCCCCUCCUCUCUCUCUCUCUCUCCCCCCUCCUCUCUCGUUCCCCCUUCUCCCCCUCCUGCUCUCUCCCCCCCCUCCCUCUCUCUCUCCCCCCUCCCUCUCUCCCCUCACCCCGCCUCCCCCCCUCCUGCUCUCCCCACCCCUCCCCCCUCCCCUCCUCCUCUCGCUGCCCUCACCCCCCUCUCCUCCUCCCCCCCUCCGUCUCUCCCCCUCCCUCUCCUCUCCCCCUCCUCCUCUCCCCCCCCCCCCUGCUCCUCUCCUAACCCCCCUCCCCCUACCCCUUCUCUCCUCCCUCCCUCCCUUCCCCUCCUCUCCCCCCCUCCUCUCUCUCUCCCUCCCCCCUCCUCUCUCCCCUUCCCCUCUCUGGGCCCCCCAGCCCUUUUCUCCCUCCUCCCCUCUCUACCUACCCCCUCCCUCUUCUCCUCCCCCUCCCUCUCCUUCCCCCCCUCUCUCUCCCACCACCCUCCUCGCCUCCUCCCUCCCCUCAUCCCUCUCUCCCCUCUCCCCCCUCCCUCCCUCCUCUCAAAUCUCUACCCCCCCUCUCCUCCCCCCUCCUCCUCUCCCUCCCUCCUCCCUCUCUCUAGGAGCUGCGUAAGUACAAGGAGAAUGAGAAGGACAUGGAGGUGUUGAUGACAGCGCUGUCAGCCAUGCAGGAUAAAACCCAGCACCUGGAGAACAGCCUGUCUGCUGAGACCAGGAUCAAACUAGACCUCUUCUCUGCCCUUGGGGACGCCAAGAGACAGCUGGAGAUUUCACAAGGUACAGUUCCCUUACCUGACCCACUACCACAGUCCUACAGCCACUGGCAUCUAGCCGAGCCGUUGUGUUCAUAGACUCUAGGAUCAAACUCUGACAGCUGGAGAUUCCACAAGGUACACUAGCAUUUACCUCAGGGUUUUAUCUACCAUUACAUAAACCGGGAUGCUCCAGAAGGUACACUAGGUGCUCUGCUACUCGACCCAGAGAUGUAAACAUGAAGACAAUAGCAACAAAGUGAGAAGACACAUUUUCUACUGUCAUCUAACCCUCACCUCUCUCUCUCUCUCCUCUCUCCUCUCUCUCUCUCUCUCUCUCUCCCCCCCCCCCCCCCCCCCCCCCCCAGGUCAGAUCCACCAGAGAGAGCAGGAGAUAGCAGAGUUGAAGCAGAAGAUAGCUGAGGUGAUGGCGGUGAUGCCCAGUAUCUCCUACAGCAACGACAUCAGCAGCCUCAGCCCCGUUACACCACACUACUCCUCCAAGUUCAUGGACAAUAGUCCCUCCUCCCUGGAUCCCAACGCUUCUGUCUACCAGCCGCUCAAGAAGUGACACCAACACGCACAUUAAUACACACACAUUAAUACACAAGAAUACAGAUUUACAAAGAUAGCAUACGUAGUCACAUCCACUCAUUCUCAUACAUACAAAGACACACAAACACUUCUGAUCAUGUUUUUGGUCGUGUUUUUUUGGAAGCGAUUUGGAAAUGAUCUCGGAGCUGUCAAGUACUAGCCUCAAAUAAGUGUUGGUCAUGUUUUGGUUUUGGUUGUGUUUUGGUUGUGUUUUUAGAACCAGUUGCGGUCGGAGUUCUGUUAUUUUCAGUUUGUUCCCAUGGUCCAUCCUUAGUUUUCUGUGUGUUGUGUAAAUCUACAGUAGGGAAGAUGUUUAUGUUUUGGGAUUGAGCCAUUCUGAUUUAACUGGUAAGAGAGACAUAAAGGGACAUCAGGUUGACAAGGGCUCC